ACACCCCUCCCUUCACCUCCAUUUUCCUAUAAAUGGACACUCAUGAUUGUUCCUGAAUACUCGUUCCCCAUUAAUCAAAAUUUCAUUUGCAUUUCUUAGUUUUGUGUGUUUUUGUGUGUGUGUGAAUUCUCAUCAAUCAAUCUCAUACAAAGAUGUCUUGCUGUGGAGGAAACUGCGGUUGUGGAUCUGGCUGCAAGUGCGGCAAUGGCUGUGGAGGAUGCAAGAUGUACCCCGACAUGAGCUUCACCGAGAGCAUGACAACCACCGAGACUUUGGUGCUCGGGGUGGGACCUGAGAAGACAAGCUUUGGAGCCAUGGAGAUGGGGGAAUCCCCUGCUGAGAAUGGAUGCAAAUGUGGAUCUGACUGCAAGUGCAACCCUUGCACUUGUAACAAGUGAAUAAACUAAGCUAUUAUAACAGAGCAGAGUUCAUGGUUUAAUAUGUGUGUAGUUUAAUAGUUUGUGUGUCUGUUGCAACAGGGAAAAAGAUUGUGUUGUUCUUUUUUUCCCUGUAAUAAGAAAUAGUAAUGGAGUAUUGAAACAUGUUUGUAAGUAGUGGUAAUGUGGUGUUUGUGUAACAUGAGCAUUCUCUGCAUCUGGUAAUUUUAACAUACUAGUUUGGAAGUAUGUUGUGCUUUCAGCUAAUUUAAGAACUUCCUUGGUAAUA